AGUAAACCAUAGAUAGAUGUAAAAUAUAUGUAUUUAUUUUUACGUUUUUUCUUCUUUUUAGUUAACAAUUCAUGGUUUCAAUCAUAAGAUUUUAACAUUACUAAAUAAAAUUGUUGAGAGAAUGGUUAAUAUUAAAGUUGAUAAGCAAAGAUUUGAAAUAUUAAAAGAAAAAGUAAAACGUUCAUUACAAAAUUUUCGUCGUGACGUUCCCUAUCAACUAGCCAUGUUCGGUAUUACAUAUUUAACAGCUGAACAUUUAUGGAAUAAAGAAGAAUUACUUAGUUGUAUUGAUGGAAUCACUGUUCAUGAUUUAGAAGUAUUUAUUCCUCGAAUGUUAAGUCGAUUUUAUAUUGAUGCAUUAAUGUAUGGAAAUAUAACGAAGGAGCAAGCUUGUGAGUAUAUGUCAAGUUUGCAACGUCAAUUUCAAGAACAUCAUUAUUAUCAACCGUUAUUUCCAUCAUUAUGGUUAAAUCAACGAGAAUUAAAACUUCCUGAAGGUUGUAAUUAUGGCUAUUUAAUGUUAAAUGAUGCUCAUCAGUUACAUGCAAUUGAAAUAUACCUGCAAUGUUUUCCACAAACAAUCGAUAAUAAUGCUCUAUUAGAAUUCUUUUGUUAUCUAAUUGAGGAGCCAUGUUUUGAUCAAUUAAGAACAAAAGAACAAUUAGGUUAUGUUGUUUCCAGUGGUGCUCGACGUUCACAUGGUGUACAAGGUUUUCGAGUUAUUGUACAAUCAUCAGUGACAUUAGAACAUGUUAAUUUAAGAAUAGAAACGUUUUUAGAUAGUGUCAAGAAUAUGCUUGUUUCUAUGCCAGAUGAUAUUUAUGUAAAACAACGUGAAAGUUUUACGAUUAAAAAAGUUGAAAUUCCAAAAAAAAUGCAUAAUCAAGGAAAUAAAUGGUGGAAUGAAAUAACAACUCAUCAGUAUUGUUUCGAGAGACCUCGUCUUGAAGUGGAUGUUAUAAAAUCGCUUGAACGUGAAGAUAUUCUUAAAUUUUAUGAACAUUAUAUAUCACCUCAUUCAUUAUAUCGACGUAAACUCUCUCUACAUGUUGUACCAUCACCGAUAGCCAAACAACAGUCAUCUACAACAAUCGAAAAAGAUGACAAUAUGCUCGGUGUUGAUGCUGGAUCGGAUGAUGAAGAGAUCGAUGAUGGUGUAAAAGGUGAACGUUUGGUUGAAGUAGAAUUCACACCACAAUCGGUACAAGAAUUAACAAAACAGAAACCGAUUGCUGAUAUUCCAUUAGUAGAAGAAAUAGUAGAAAUAGAAAAAGCACUUAGUAAAGCUUUAUCGGUGGCCGAACCGGAUUCAAAAGUAAUACGAAUAGAAAAUAUGGUAAAAGAAGAAAAACCAUUAGCAUUACCACAAGUAUGUGAGACAGAUACAUAUUAA